ACGCGUUCCUCACAGAUGAUGACAUUUGCAUUUGGGACGCUACCACCGGCGAGUGCCAUCAGACCAUCCGCCUGGGAGAAGGGGCAAGGCCAUUCAGUCUGACAUGGUCAAGUGACGGGAACAGGAUCGCUGCACAGUGUAGAGACGGCAAGCUGAGAAUAUUCAAUAGCCUGAGUGGUGAAUGCUUGAAGGAAACGGAAGGCCACGAUUCGAUCAGGGGCGGCCGAUUGUGUUAUAUGAACGACGAUUCCCUGUUGGUUUCCACUGGAUUUUCUAAGUAUGUUUUCUGA